GACGCGACGUGACGCGACGCUCGGGGCAAUUACCGGCGUAACGAUGCGGCAAACAGCACCAAGCCUCAAGACCCCCUAGCCAUCUGGAUCUGCGCUGCGCUACGCUUUACGUUGUCUUUAUACUCUUGCGCAUAGGUAUUGGAUGCCGCUAAGCGCAAUCAACACCUUGGUAUCUACUCUUUGAGGCUAUCGGAGUCUUUAUUGGCGGAGUGGGUGUAAAGGUGAAACAACAAAGCUCGCCCAAUCAGGAAAGUGACGGCAAAACACGACCAAUCCUCGGCUGUAUCUAUAAAGCGACUACCCGUCUACAACAACUCAGAUAGCCCUGCAAGGAUUCGGGGUGCAUCUGGAUAAACACGAGCUUCGAUUGAGUGGCUGACAGCGGCGCGAGCACGGGAAUGACGGAGAGGGCCGACCCAGUAGGGUGCCGCUAGAAUACAAUGCAGAACCUGGGAAUUUUGGGCAUUAUGCGCCUGCUUUCUGGGCUCUGGGGAGGAUUGGCUUUAAUUCUGCUGCUUCCCCAGCAUGGCGUUGUGCGAGGAUCUGGAUUUCAGGACGAUCGUACUGGUUACGCUGCGCCUGGAGAGCACAUACACCAGCAAAGACUACAGUCAGUCUCUUACAACAAGUCGACGAGUGAAAAAGACUUGGAAGGGUCAUCAAUUAUGGGUUGGGGCGGAGAUUUGACUCUAGUGAACGGUUCGCCGUUCAGGUGGAUUUUAAACAGCCAACACUCAUAUCAAAUGGACACAUGGAUAUGGCCAACAAUCAACGCUGGCCAAGCAUCCAGAGUCUAUGUGGAAUUCGGGACCAGAGGAAGCACCCGUGACGAUGCGGGUGAGGCCUACUACAGUAUCGAUGAAACAUCGGACAAGUUCACAGUAUUGAGUCGAAAGCCUUCAGACUACAAGCUCACCAUAUCUUUGGACGGUAUGUCGACGAAGCAGAGUUCGCAAGGAGCAAAGAUCGACCUGGGCUUUCGGCACAACGCUGCAGUCAACUGGAUCAUGUCUGUGGACGAAGCAGGUAAUUGGUGGUCGAACAGCGGUACGUAUUCGGAUUGGAUGCAGCAGAGCCUGGGCUCGUUGGCGAAUAGAACCUUGAAGCACAUCUGCAUGCCGGGCUCUCACGAUGCAGGCAUGGGUACCUUCAAACCUGGUACCAUCGGUGCGCACUUUGCGAACACCCAGACACAAUACCUAGAUUUCUAUCAACAACUAAUGGCCGGAUCGCGGUAUUUUGACCUUCGUCCAGUGCUCUCUCGAGGGGAAUGGGUAGCCGGUCACUAUGGCCAAGUUGGCGACAUCUGGCUUGGUGGUAAUGGGCAGACGCUUGAAGAGAUCAUACGUCAGAUCAACGACUUUACAGCAGAUUACCAAGAGCUCGUCAUCAUAAAUUUAAGCCACACGCUCGACACAGACAACAAGUACAAAGACCUUACCCAAACGCAAUGGAACGAUCUCUUCACCACACUAAAGAGCAUCAACGACCGCUAUAUUCUCGAAAACCCAGGCACCACUGAUCUCUCUGAUAAACGCUUAGGAGAAUUCAUCACCGACCGUGCUUCAGUCCUCGUGGUCGCCCAGAUACCUGAAGGUAUAACACUGGGCGACUUUGCAAGCCAGGGUUUUUACUCCGGUCGUAAUUUUCCGUUCUACGACGAAUACAGCAAUAGCAACAACCUUGCCAACAUGAAGAGCGAUCAGUUAGCCAAACUAAAGCAGAAUCGAAACAUCGUGGGGGAAGAAAAUGAGAAGAAGGAUGCUUUCCACAUCUUCUCCUGGACGCUGACGCAACAACCUGAAGACGUACUGAAUUUUGACAAAGCCAUCAUGAAUAUGGCCGCGUCAGCCUUCGAUGAUCUAAUAAGCGAAGCCUGGAACGCUUUUACGCCGCAAAGCUUCCCAAACGUAUUGUUCGUAGAUAGUCUUGGAGUCAGGGAUAAGAGUGUGGUUUUCCCGUUUGACAGACCAAAGCAGGGGUUACAGCCCAACUCAGAUAUUGCUGCAUUUGCUGUUGCAGUAAACAACGGGAUCGCGGGGAAGAACGGGAUUGUCACUGGGAGACAACUGAAAAGGGGGACGUAACGUCUGGAAUAGCUAAGUAUGUUGAAUUGCUUUUGAUAAUUUGAGAACAGACUUCCUCCUCAGUCUUACACAAGAUCCGAAGCGAAGUAUUAAACUUACGUG